AUGCUUUGUAAACAACAGAGUGAAGAAGAAAAACUCAAAAUACUCGAGGAAUGUUCAUUUACACCCUUCCAAGAAUUCCGCACUAAGGAGCGUGAUGGUACAUUUACACGGGAACAAAAAUUCCGAACUAUGGAGUCGAAGGGUAAAUAUAUGAAUUUGAGAGUAGGAAUUGUGUCUCCAUAUCCAUAUGCCCACGACAAGUUUGAAGAACCAAAGAUGUACUAUUGGUUAACUUUCACACAUUGGGAGCUCGCAGGCCCAAAUUUGUCGGAGGUGUUCAAAUAG